AAGUAUAAGAAAGUUAAGAGGGAAAUGUAAUUUAGACAUUGGUGACUCAUGUCUGUAGUCCCAGAAACUCAGGAGUAGAGGCAGCAACAUCCAGAGGAAACCCACAAGUUGACUCGAGUAAGGUCCUCUGUCUCAAAAGAAUUGGGGGUAGGGAAGGAAGGGAGAAAGAGGUUAAGUUAAUAUAUCCAUCUAGCCAGUUUCAGUCUCACUUACCCAUAUGGAAUUAGUUUUGCUUAUGAAUAUUCAUUCUCAUUAUACUUCUCAACCUACAACCCCCAUCACUAAUUUGAAGCAAUUUCAGAUACUAUUUUUUUUUGAAACAAUAUAAGGACUCUUAAAAAGACAGCUACCAGUCUGGGGUGUAACUCAGUUGAUAGCAUAUUUGCCUGGCAUUCUUGAAGCCCUGAGUCUGACCUUCAGCACCACGGAAAACUGGGCUUAGUAGCACACACUUAAAAUCCUGGUACUCACGAAGUAGAGGCAGAAGGAUCAGCUCCAGGUCAUCCUUGGCUACAGAGCGAGCUGUAGGCCAUCGUGGGCAACAUGAGACUCUGACUCCACAAAACAAAUGAAAAAGACAACUACCAUUAUGGUUAUGCUCAAAAACAAACUUUUUGAUUACCUUUAAUCCCAAAGUUUGGGAGGAAGAAGCAGUCAGAUCUCUAUUUGAAACCAGCAGGGUCUAUGUAGAGAAUUCCAGGCUAACAGAGUAACAUGGUGAUGCUCUUGUCUCAAAAUAAAAAAGCAGUCCCAGGAGGGGAGGGCAUUGCAAAUCGCUUAAUCCAGUUAAGUCCUUUUAGAUCUCUGGGCUGGUUGACUGUGGUGCUUCACCUUGUUCCCAUCUUUGCAGUUAUUUGUUGAAAAAUGCAGUCACUUGUAUAGUUUCCUAUAGUCUGAAUUUUACUGAUUACUGAUUAUAUCCAUUUGAUGUCAGGUGACAUACUUAAUUCUUUUUAUGGCCUGAAAUUGGGUUUUAACUUUCCAUGCUUGAUCAGAUUACCGUUCAAUUCUUGCCUGCCAUCGGGGAAGAUUAUUUAAUAGGCAAUAACAUGCAAUUCUAGCAGGAAACGUUGUUUCUUUCUUCUUAUUGUUAUCUAGCCCUUGAGUAGCAUUGCCUAGGUAUUCGUCAGGAGUUGCCGGGCAAUAUGCAGUUGUAUAAUUCAUUUAUUAGCUGGAAUACUAACAAAAAGAAAUUUCUCCCUUUCUGGAGGUGAUGUUCUCCAUAUAAAAAUACCCCUCUCCAGAAGAGAAGAGGAAACACAAGAAAAAGCACCUGGUGCAGAGCCCCAGUUCCUCCUUUAUGGAUGUGAAAUGCCCAGGGUGCUAUAACAUCGCCAUGGUCUUUAGCCGUGCACAAACGGUAGUCUUGUGUGUUGGCUGCUCUGUUGGCCUCUGUCAACCCACAGGUGGAAAAACUCGGCUGACAGAAGGACGCCCCUUGAGGGGGAAACAGCACUGAAAGCACCUGAUUUAAGAUAAGUGGGAGCCCUCCCAAUAAACACAUUUUGGAUUAAAAAGUGUAGGGGCUGGAGAGAUGGCUCAGUGGUUAAGAGCACUGGCUGCUCUCCUAGAGGUCCU